CGUUCCACCUGCCGCAACCCCCGUUCCGCAUCCCCCCUGCCGCAUCCCCGAUUCCGCAAUCCCCGAGCCGCAUUCCCCCUUCCGCAUUCCCCCUUCCACAGUCCCCCGUCCAUAUUCCCCCUUCCCCAUUCCGCCUUCCGCAUUCCGCCAUCCGCAUUCCCCCUGCCGCAUCCCCGAUUCCGCAAUCCCCCAGCCGCAUUCCCCCUUUCGCAUUCUCCCUUCCGCAUUCCCCCUUCCGCAUUCUCCCUUCCGCAUUCCCCCUUCCGCAUUCAGCCUUCCGCAUUCCCCCUUCCGCUCCGCAUUCCCCCUUCCGCAUUCCCCCUUCCGCAUUCCCCCUUCCGCAUUACCCAGCAUGCUUCAAACUCACUCCCUCGUGCUCCCUGCCUCAUGCUCACUCCCUCGUGCUCCCCCACCCCCAUGUCCAUCUCCUGCCUCCCUUCACGCCCCAUCAGCCGCGCGACGCCUUUCACAGGGGCCUGGCGUCGGCAUUGCGUCUUCUGCACCCCUCCAACCUCCACUUCCCCCUCCAGAGCCAUACGGCAUUCGGUGAGUCAACCGACUCCCCACCUUCCUGCCCCGUCGCGUUGCCUUCGGUGAGUCAACCGACUCCCCACCUUCCUGCCCCGUCGCGUUGCCUUCGCCCUCCCUUCCCCCUCAUCAUGCCAUCUGCCUCCCCUCCUUUUCCCCCUUUCCCCCUCUGCUUCCCCUCUUUUCCCCUCUGCUUCCCCUCCUUUUCCCCCUUGCAUCCCCUCCUUUUCCCCCCUGCAUCCCCUCCUUUCCCCCUGCAUCCCCUCCUUUCCCCCUGCAUCCCCUCGUUUUCCCCACCAAUUCCCCUCCUUUCCUCCAUUGCUUCCCCCAAUUCUCCCACUGCUUCCCCUCCUUUCUCCCACUGCUUCCCCUCCUUUCUCCCACUGCUUCCCCUCCUUUCUCCCACUGCUUCCCCUCCUUUCUCCCACUGCUUCCCCUCCUUUCUCCCACUGCUUCCCCUCCUUUCCCCCUCUGCUUCCCCUCUUUUUCCCCCCUGCAUCACCUCCUGUCCCCCCCUGCUUCCCCUCCUUUCCCCCACCAAUUCCCCUCUUUCCUCCCUUGCUUCCCCUCCUUUCCCCCUCUGCUUCCCCUCCUUCCCCCCUCCUUCCCCUCCUUUCCCCCUCUGCUUCACCUACUUCUCCCCCCUGCAUCCCCUCCUUUCUCCCCCUGCCUCGCCUGCCAUUCAUCCAUCAGGUCUGCAGUGA